CUCCUAUUGGUUGCUCAGACUGCAGGGGGGCGGGGCUUUGCUUGUGGGUUAUUUUCACCCUUUUUGUUCGUGCACGAGGAUACCGGCCUCUUCAUCAUCAUCAUCACUAUCACCUUCCAUAUCACCAUCCCCAUCAUCCCCAUUCCCAUCAUCAUCCCCAUCAUCAUCAUCAUCAUGAUCAUCCCCAUCAUCAUCAUCAUCAUCAUCAUCAGCAUCUGCUUCUCUCCUUCAGUGCGGUUCGGUCUACGUGUGUGAGUGUGUGUGUGUGUGUGUGUGUGUGUGUGUGUGUGUGUGUGUGUCUGUGUGCCCCGCGCGCCUCCUUGGCCCCGCCCCACCGCUAUUGUUGGCUCUGCACAGGCAGCAACCUUCACACGCGCACACGCGCGCACGCUCACCGUGCUCGCUGCACCGCGAGAUGAGCUCGAGCUGGACGCAGGAUUUUAUUCCUCCUCAUCAUCACCUUUAAUCUCUCACGCGCACGGACAAAGAAGACACCGGACACUGAGAGAGAGACAGACAGAGAGGGGGAGAGAAAGGCGCGCGCGCUCCGGUUGGGCGUAGCAUGACCGUGGUUCGAUACAGAGCGUGCAGGUUUGCGCGGUGGAGAAUGUGAGCGCUCGUGAGCGAGCGAUGGACGCUCGUGAGCGCGUCUCCGCCCUGUCCGCGCGUCCGAGAGCGACAGACAGACCGACGGAUCGGCUCUCGCGCUAGACUGACAGACUGACCAGGAGUGGCCAGAGCGAUGAUGGAGCGGUGCGUUCCCGCGCUCUCGGUGUGCGUGAGCGCGCUCUCCCUGCUCCUCCUCCUCCUCGCGCUCUGCUCCGACCACUGGUACGAGACGGACACGCGCAGGCACAAGCGGAACUGUGACCGGAAGGGCUCGGACUCCAACGACCAGAAGAACCGCGACAUGCCCAUCUACCACCUGCCGCUGGUGGAGGGGGGCCCGCGUCGCGGGGGGGCGCUCGCGAGGCCCAUCCACGUGGGCAGCCCCGAGGAGGAGCUGCUGGAGAACUGGAGGGCCAUCGCUGGACUGGGCAUCCUGGAGACCGAGUGCGGAAGACCGCUGUUCCCCACGCACUCCGGCCUGUGGAGGAAGUGCUACUUCCGGGGGAGGGACCGCGACAUAGACACACUCAUCAGCAAAGGUAUUGCAGACCGCUGCACUUCUGUCAAAUACCAUUUCUCUCAGCCCAUCCGGCUCCGGAACAUUCCGCUCAACCUCACCCGGACCAUCCAGCAGGACGAGUGGCACCUCUUACAUCUGCGGCGGAUCACAGCCGGGUUCCUGGGCAUGGCUGCUGCGGUGCUGCUGUGUGGAUCCAUCGUAGCUGCAGUCGGAUUCUUCUGGGAGGAAAGUCUGACCCAACAUGUGUCCGGCCUGCUGUUCCUAAUGGCAGGAAUCUUCUGUACGAUCUCUCUGUGCACGUUUGCCGCCAGCGUGUCGUACGAUCUGUCCCGGAACCCUCCCUUCAUUUACGGUCUGCCGGCGGACGUGGAUCACGGCUACGGCUGGUCCAUCUACAGCGCGUGGGUCAGUCUGGGGCUCACCGUGGCGUCCGGCUGCUUCUGCACCACCUACCCUUUCCUGAGCCGCGGCAAAGCUCUGCGCUCCAAAACCGCCCGUGAGUCAGCCGUCUGAGAGAGAGCGCCCCCCGCAGGACCGGAGGAGUUACGGCCUCAGCGCAGCUCCGGGCGCCUCGCUGGACCUUACUGUCUCCUCUCUAAAAGACUCACUUGAGUGUGGAAGUGUAUGAGCGCCCUCAUCUCACACACACACACACACACACACACACACACACACACACACACACAC